AUGGAAGAUUCAAGCAAACCUCUUCGAUAUGUUGAUAUUGGUAUCAACUUGAGCGAUCCUAUGUUCCAGGGUAGUUAUCAUGGCAAGCAAGCUCAUGAAAACGAUCUGAAUGAUGUAAUCCAGCGUGCUAAGGAUGUGGGUUGUGCGAAGUUCAUGGUGACGGGAUCUGAUUUAGUCGAGUCAGCACAAGCUAUUCAAAUAGCCCGUGAUCACCCUGGCUUUUGCUAUGCCACGGUUGGUGUGCAUCCUUGCCAGGCUAAAAUGUUCGAUGAACACCCCGGAGGCCCCUCAAAGAUGAUCAACGAGCUUCGAACCCUAGCUCUAGAGUCCAAGCAAGCCGGCCUGACUGUCGCUUUUGGUGAAAUUGGUCUCGACUAUGACCGAUUAUUCCACAGUGCGAAGGAACCGCAGCUCAGGUAUUUUGAAGCCCAGCUGGACUUGGCAAUCGAGAUUGGGCUGCCCUUAUUUCUGCACUCCCGUGCUGCUAGUGAAGACUUUGAGAGAAUUCUAGGCUCUCGGCUUGACCGUCUUCCUAAGGGUGGCCUAGUGCAUAGUUUCACAGGUACAAUGGAAGAAAUGCAACGCCUAGUUGCAUUGGGCCUGGAUAUCGGUGUCAAUGGCUGCAGUAUGAAGACGGAGGAGAACCUAGAAGUUGUGAAGGCGAUUCCGUUAGAGCGACUCCAGAUUGAGACUGAUGGACCCUGGUGUGAGAUCCGUCCCUCCCACGCUUCGGCCAAGCACUUGAAUGGAGCGCCGGACCUCCCAAAGUCUGUCAAGAAGGAGAAGUGGCAGAAGGGUUUUAUGGUCAAAGGCCGCAAUGAGCCUGUAGCCAUUGCUCGUGUUGCUCAUGUCAUUGCCUCCAUCAAGGGCAUCUCUGUCGAGGACGUCUGUGAAGCAGCUUGGAACAACUCCAUCAGGAUGUUUGGUCUUGGUGAGCGGUCUCUUGAUUGA